AUUUCCUCACUUUUGCUUACAUUUGGAUCUCCACCAACUACUACUACUCUCUAUCCACACUACAGAACUCAUCUUCAACUACAUGAUAAUGCUUUGUAUGCUAUUCAUUUAAACCAACCAUUCAUAGAGAAAGUUGUGUGGAAGUUUGUCUCUCAUCUCCCAAAAUUUGCUGCCAUGAACCCAAUAAUUCUCUUUCUCUUUUCUUUUCUGUUUAUUAAGACAUUAUCCUUGAAACCUGAGCCAGCAAAAAACAAUGCCCAGAUCACUGUAAUGGGCCUCGUUUAUUGUGACAUUUGCUCCAACAACAGCUUCUCCAGACACAGCUACUUCUUACCAGGCGCAGAAGUUCAAAUAGACUGCAACUUUAGGGCAUUUGUUCCAAAAACAAGAGAACAGAUAUUAUUCUCAGUCAAUAGAACUACAGAUAAACAUGGAGUUUACAGGUUGGAAAUACCAUCGGUUGAUGGGAUCGUAUGUGCUGUGGCAGCCAUUGUGUCAUCUUGUGAGGCAACCUUAGUUGGGAGCUCAUCUACUUCAUGCAACAUUCCUGGUUACAGUAGCACAACAGAUCAGAUAGCAAUCAAAUCCAGACACCCCAAUCUCUGCAUCUAUAGCCUAACUGCAUUGAAUUUCAGACCCUCAAAAAGAGAUGCUACCUUGUGUGGGGAAUAGAGCAGGACUUCUCUAAUUUUUUUUCCACUUUUCCAAUUAUCUCUUUUUUCUCAACACACUAGUCCCAGUUAUUGAAGAUAGACCUGAUCUCCUAAUCCUGAGCUAUCCUUGAAGGUUCUUUCCAUUUCUCAGUCUGCACAUAAUACAAGAAAUGGAGAACCUGAAAUACCCUUUCGCCUUUGCCUUCCAGCCUUGCUUGGUGCUCUUUAAAGAAAAACAAAUUGCCACAGAUUACUAAGUAUUUGCAUCCUUGCAUUGCUCUUGUACUUUGUGUGAGCACAUUCAGUUGUGCCGAGAGACUUUUGGGCAAUCCAGGUCAAGCAUGUGGACAUUCAUGAUUUAUCAUAUUUUAUUUAGAUUGGUCUUUCGUUACAAUGUGUGAAAUGUAAGAAGUGACUAAAUAUGUUAGUAAUAGUCUUUUGAAAUGUGAAAAGCUGAACAAAUUUGCCAAUACUGCAUCUUAUUCCAUGGUACCAAUAUCACUGUGCCAAUUACACAGGACGA